CCCGCCGGAACUGCAACAUGAUAAAAAGAAUAGCACAACCCUGAUACGUACCACUCUGUACCAACUUGCCCUACCUUCCCGAAGGCUGUCAUUUCCUAGGCCGCACUAUCCACUAUGCAAGACACCCCGCAGCCGUCGACGGCGAACGUCGCCAUUGCGUGCGCCCUGAUCGCAGGCGUGACCGGUUACUUUAUCGGACAAGCGAAAUCUCUCGGACUCUUUGGAGGAAAGCCUAUUUCAGAGGCGCCGCGCAAAAAGAGAAAGGCGGACGACUCGGACGAAUCCAGCGACGAAGACGAUGCUGCACCCAGCGAGUUCCCUAACAAUCCCGAAGAAUGCAAGCUCGUGCUUGUAGUGCGGACAGAUCUAGGCAUGACGAAAGGCAAAAUCGGAGCUCAGUGUGGACACGCGACGCUAGCAUGCUACAAGCAUUUUCUUCGAUACGCUCCCAAUUCGACGAUACUGAGGCGCUGGGAGCGGGCUGGUCAGAUGAAGGUGGCGCUGCAGGUCAAGAGCGAAGAGGAGCUGGAGAUACUGCAGGCGCAGGCGCUGAGCUUGGGGCUUGUGGCCCACAUCAUACAUGACGCUGGACGGACGCAGAUCGCGAGUGGUAGCGCAACGGUGCUAGGCAUUGGACCGGCACCGAAGGGAGUCAUAGAUCAGGUCACCGGCAAUUUGAAGCUGCUAUAGGUAGGCUCUAACUUUGAGGCAGCUAGCAACCGAGAUGCUUGCCCCUCAAAGGACACGCAAAAGAGCUUUAGACGUAGCAGGCGUCGGCGGCUCACGCAUCAUACUCUCAUGGGAGCGGGUGGAGCAAAGGGAGUCCGGGGGAUGUGUUCAUGUAGGCGACUGGGUUAUUCCCAAGCAUCAAGGGCCGACGGCCUAGCAUAAGGGAGUAGGAAUCAGUCGUCCUGGCAGCGCCUCCACCGAGCUCGAACCCGCAGGUGAACUCAGGCAGAAACGCUACCGACUCGCUCUCAGACCUGUCGACCGGAAAUUGACACCAUGGGGAAAGUGAUGGCUCCUUGUAUCGGACGAACUGCUAGGCCUCGACCGAGCACACCCCGUAGGGUGGACGGGAGCCCUGGCACAGGUCGUUGGAGAGAAGGAAAGUGUGAGGCUCUGCAGAAAUUCUUUUGUAGCUCGAACUCUUGGCGCGCUAGCAACUAG